GUCAAGUUACAUUGCAGGGGCUGGAGGUGACGGGCGCCAUUACGUCCGGAAGUACGGCUCCACUGCCUAGUGACGCACGGCGUGCCGGAAGUGGCUGGGGCUGGGAAGAGUGAGCGGUGGAGGCGGGACUUGGAGGGGCGGGGCUGAGGCUGAGGACCCGGGAUUCAGGCCGGCCGGACCGCGACUUGACCCCGGAAGUAGGCUGAAGGACCGCGGCGGCGGGCGGCGGCGGCGGGCGGCGGCGGCUCUCAGCUAAUCCAGUACUAGACCAAGAGUGGAUGAAGAUAGCAACAGUAGCGGCUAUGUUCCACUUCUUCCGAAAGCCUCCAGAAUCCAAAAAGCCCUCCGUAUCGGAGCCAGAAGCAGAUGGAUUUGUCCUCUUAGGAGAUACAGCUAAGGAAAUGAGAUGUAAACCUUCAGAAGCAGAGAGCAGCCAGUCUUUGGAGACUGGCAAAGCAGACACAUCCAGUGUGACUGUAGCAGGCUUCAAGACAGAAGAUCAGGCAGGUCGGACUCUGGAGAGCACGUCCCAAACAGCUGAGCUCCUGAGCGACGUACCCUUCACCCUGGCCCCACAUGUGCUGGCGGUGCAGGGCACCAUCGGCGACCUUCCUGACCACUUGCUCUCCUAUGAUGUCGGCGACAACUUGUCCCGAUUCUGGUAUGAUUUCACUCUGGAGAACUCAGUACUCUGUGACUCAUAGCUUUCAUGUCCACACACACCUUAACAGCUUUAACGAAAACUAGUUUGCCCAUUUUAUUGAACCUGUUCAGCGUUCCUUGUCAUUUCAACCUUAAUGCCGUGAGGCAAGCAGAGAUCAUAAAAUAAGUAAAAUAACACCAUAUUCAUAGUUUUAUUCUUCAGAAUGAAGCAAAUUUAUAUAGAAAUUGUAACCAACAAUUUAAUAAAGGGAACUCACUUUGGAAAAAAGUAAGAAGUUAGACCACCCGUGUCUCCCAUUGGGUAGAGGGAAAGUGCCGCUGUUGAGAUUAUGUGGGAGGUGCAGGGUGUUUUUGCUCUCUCUGAAGACAGCACAGGAAGAGAACGGAGGCUUACCCCUGGUUACCGAGACUCCGCAAUCUGAGCCUAGAGCGAGUGCUUCCGGGGUUCAGCAGAGGUUGUCCUGUUACUCCCUUAACGUCUCCCACCAUGUUUGGGAAUGAGGUCAAAAGACAGCUUCCAGUUAACGUAAAUCUUUCAGUGUCAAUUUAGACAAACCCGUAUGGAAAUCUGAAACUUCUCGUAAACAUCAGCGACUCUUUGCUGAUUCAGGAACGCCGUGAAGGGGAGGACACUGUGGUGUGCUUAGACCCCCGUGGCCCUCUCCCCCCUCCUAAAGGAUGCUGCUGCAUUCCCUCCUGGUUCCCCUCCCAUCCCCUCUGGGUAUUCUUGGACCAGUUUUCAAAACGCUUUCCCCACUUCUGCCUCAGUUGGUUUGGCUUCCUUAGCACAUGUGUUCCCAGUGUAUGAGAUCUGCAUUUCCUUUCUGCCUCCUCUGCCUCCUGAUGCAAACAUCUCCUGAUGAUCCAUACCAUUGCGAUAAGACUUGUUUAGAGAUUUGUUGGCCUUGGUACAGAUGGCAGUGUCUAACUGCUAAACACAAUCAGUUUAACUACUUUCCAGUUAGAGUGUAGGCAGACACCCAAAUAUGACUUGUACUUCUUUUUUUUUUUUUUCGAGACAAGGUUUCUCUGUGGCUUUGGAGCCUGUCCUGGAACUAGCUC